AGUGAAAGUAGCGUUGAAAUUCCCAAUCCCAAUAAGCUUCGCGACGGUUAGCGAGCAAAACCAUGAACAUAGAGUACCGUAAGUUAGACCAAGAUCUGCAAGAACGGUUGGACGGCUUUUUUCGCACCAAUAAUGCACUGAUUGAGGUUCACCCGGGGCGGGUGUUGAUGCCCAGCAAGUUCCAGGAAAUUGGCGAAGAUAUCAAGAAGUUCGAGAUUCGAUCGGAUGAUGUGUGGUUGCUGUCCUAUCCGAGGACAGGUUCUACCUGGGCCCAGGAGAUGAUUUGGCUUCUGGGGAACAACCUGGAUUAUGAGGGGGCCAAGAAUAUCCAACAAGUCCGGACGCCCCUGUUGGAGCUUUCCGCGAUUUUCUCCGAGGAUCGAAGCGUGGAGGACUUUGUAACGGAACACAAAAAGGUCAACUCCGUAACCUGUGUGCACAACAUGCCAAGUCCACGGUUCGUCAAAUGUCACCUACCCUGGCAGCUUCUGCCGAACGAGAUGGACCAUGUACGCCCCAAGAUGAUCUACAUAGCCAGGAACCCCAAGGAUCUGUGCGUGUCCUAUUAUUACUAUUGUCAGCUGAUCCACCAAACCGAGGGCAGUUUUGAGGAUUUCUGUGAAAUCUUUCUGGCUGACAACGCCCCUAUUGGACCGAUGUGGGCCCAUAUGCUUUCGUUCUGGAAGCGACGUAAUCAACCCAACAUCCUGUUCCUCAAAUACGAGGAUAUGAAGCGGAAUCUGCCAACGGUGAUCCGUCAGACUGCCGAGUUCAUGAACGUGUCCCGGAACAUCACCGAUGAGGACGUUCAGAAGUUGUGCGACCAUCUGCAGUUUGACCGGAUGCAGAAGAACCCAGCCGUCAACAUGGAGCCGUUGAUGAAGAACUCGGCCCAGAUCGAUGACAAGGCCAGUGUCAAAUUCAUCCGAAAGGGGGCGAUCGGUGACUGGAAGAACCACAUGAGUGGCGAUCUGUCGCGGCGAUUCGACGCCUGGAUUAGCGAACACUUUGACGGGACGGGGCUUGAUUUUGACUACGAAUAACGGCGCGCGUGGUGGUUGCUAAUUAUGUUCGAUUUUUUAUUACCGUUUGUGCAUUAGUUUUAUAAGGCCAUAUAUGUAUGUAGUUCAUAGUGGGGGUGCGUUGGUUUAGCUAAUAAAAACGUAAAACAUCA